AGUUAAACAGUGCUAGGGAGAGGACGUGCUCGCCGCGCCUCCCCGCCACCGCCAUGGAGUUAUCCUUAGUAGGGGAUCGUGUCUACGCCGCCGAGUGCAUACAGAAGAAGAGAGUCCGGAGGGGACGCGUGGAGUACCUUGUCAAAUGGAAAGGCUGGUCGAAUAAACACAACACCUGGGAGCCCAUUGAAAACAUCCUUGAUGUGCGACUGUUGGAAGCCUUCGAGGAGAGCCAGCGGGAAAGCGUGGGCGCCAAGCGAGGACCCAAACCCAAGAACAGACCCAGGGAGUCCCACCACCAAAUCCGAGAGAGCACCCGCAGCAGCACCUCGGCCUCCCUGGAGCGUGAUGCCGAGCGGAGUGCCAGCAGCAGCACCUCCUCUAGGGUUGAAGUCGACACCACCACCGAGGACGACGACUACGACGACUCCACUGACCAUGACACCUCCACCACCACCACCACCUCCACCUCCUCCGCCACCACCACCACCAUCACCACCACCACCUCCUCCUCGCCCACCACCACCACCACGCCCACGACCACCACCACAGCAGCGUCACCUCCACCGCAGUCUGUAACUUCAUCACCGGUCGCCACAGACACCACCACGGACACUACCACAGCCACCACCACCACCACACAGUCAUCACCCACCACCACCACCGUCACCACCACCACCACCACCACCACUACCCCCCCUCCCAGCUCCCCCCCCAGUGCAAAACGGAAGGCAGAGCCGCUUAGGGAUGGGAAGUUAGGCUUUACCAUCACUAAGGACGGUGAUGGAGAGCCCAGCCCCCCCCCCCUCAAACAGCCCCGCCUUGUAUCACCCCCCAAACAACACCACCACCACCACCACGACAACCACCACACUCACCACCACCCACGGCCUAAGCUCAACACCACCUCCAGCACAACCAUAUCAUCUCCGAAGGGUGUUAAGCUCCCCCCUUCGCCCGAUACACCACCACAGAUCACACCUCCACCGCCACCUCCGGUCUCAACACCGCAGGUCAACGGGGCAGUGGUGAAGGGGAAGGACUCACUCAUCACCACACUCAACACCGCACUCAACACCACAACGGAGAAGGAGAAUCACGAGCCCAAUGUGGUGGGUGGUGAUGGGGUGGAGGAGGUGGUGGAGGAGGAAGAGGAGGUGCAGGGGGAGGAGGAGGAGGAGGAGCAGGAGGAAGAGGAGGAGGAGGAGGAGGAGGAGGAAGAACAGGAGGUCCUGGUGGCACCCGACCCGAGCUACUGGUACCGGCGGAACCCCCUGGCGGAUGAGAUCUUCAUAACGGAUGUGACGGCCAACUUCCUGACCGUUACGAUUAGGGAGUGCAAGAAACGGCAGGGAUUUUUCAAGGAUACGGACGAGAACCAAAACAACUCACACUCCUCCUCGAUUAAGUGAUGAUGAGGAGGAGGAGGAGGAAGAAGGAGGAAGAGGAGGAGUGAUAUUAGUGAGCCCAGAGAGAGGAGGAGGAGAAGGAAGACUCAUGUGGAUUUUAGUGAGAGAAAGGAAAACAGUUGAAAGAGAGGAGGAGGAGGAGGAGGAGGAAGAGGAAGAAAGGAGGAGGAGGAGGAGAAGGAAGAUUGACUCAUGUGGAUUAUAGUGAGAGAGAGAGAAAGGAAAACAAUUGAAAGAGAAGAGAGAGGAGGAAGAGGAAGAAAGGAGGAGGAGGGAGAGGAUUGACAGACUGAGAAAGUGAUUUAAGAAGAAGAAGAGGAAGAGGAGGAGGAGGAGGAGGAGGAGGAGAAAGAAGAAAUAUUUGACUGUCAAUCUGGAAUAAGAAGAUUUGAAAAGGAAGAGAAGAAGAAGAAGAAGAAGGAGGAGGAAGAAGAUUAGAACAAGUUAACAUAGAAGAAGAAGAAGAAGAGGAGGAGGAAGAA